AUGGCGUCAGCAACGGCAUCGUCACCCCUGAAGCUCUACAACUCCCUCAAGCCCGGAAACCCCGAUAUCUUUGUGCCUAUCGAGCAGGGCAAGAUCUCCUGGUACGCCUGCGGUCCUACCGUCUACGACAAAAGCCAUCUGGGCCACGCGCGCAACUAUGUCUCGACCGAUAUCAUCCGACGUAUUCUGCUGCACUACUUUGGCUACAAGGUCAAGUUUGUCAUGAACAUCACCGACAUCGACGACAAGAUCAUCAUCAAGGCCCGACGACAGCGACUCCUCGACCUCGAAAAGAAGAAGCCCUACUCGUCAGACGACCUGCGCGCCCUCGCCCUGUCUGCCUUCCAGGCCUACGCCAAGAGCAGCCUGCCACUGCUUCUCAGCGGCGCCGAGGACAAGCUGACCGAGACCGACUAUGCCGGACGCCGAGAUGCCGCCUAUGGAAACGUUCUGACGGGUGGCACCCUCACGGGUCAGGGAAAGCCGGGUGACGACGAGGCCAAGGUCAAGAUGCACCUAGGCAACAUGGACGCUGCGGCCGAGGCCAUCAAGAGCGGCAAGGUGUUUCCGGGGGCUGACGAGAUCCUGCUUCCCUACCUUGACUCGCUGUACAAGGAGACCAUCGAUACGGCAGACCAGACCAUGUUCACUGACCUCACCAAGAGCAUGGAGGAGCUGUUUACGGCUGACAUGGACGCCCUCAACGUGAUGCGACCGAACGUCAUCACCCGCGUCACCGAGUACGUGCCCCAGAUUGUCAAGUUUGUCGAGGGCAUUGUCGCCAAGGGUUUCGCGUACGAGGCAGAGGGCUCCGUCUACUUUGACAUUGGCGCCUUUGAGAAGGCCGGAAACACGUAUGCCCGCCUGCGUCCCGAGGUGCGCAACGACGAGUCCCUGCAGGAGGAAGGAGAGGGUUCCCUGUCCAAGAACCUCGGCGGAAAGAGGGGUGCCGGUGAUUUUGCCCUGUGGAAAAAGUCCAAGGCCGGAGAGCCCUUCUGGCCCAGCCCGUGGGGUGAAGGUCGCCCCGGAUGGCACAUCGAGUGUUCGGUCAUGGCGUCCGACGUCCUCGGCGAGCGCAUGGACAUCCACUCCGGAGGCAUCGACCUCGCCUUCCCCCACCACGACAACGAGCUCGCUCAGAGUGAGGCCUACUUCUGCGAUCACACCAAGGGAGAGCACACUUGGGUCAACUACUUCCUCCACAUGGGACACCUGUCCAUCUCGGGGUCCAAGAUGUCCAAGAGUCUGAAGAACUUCCAGACAAUUGAAGACGCCCUCGCCACCACGUACACUGCCCGCAGCAUGCGUACUGUCUUCCUCAUGGGAAAAUGGAACGAUGGCGUUGAGAUCUCCCCCGACAUGCGUGCCCAGGCCGACAACUGGGAGACCACCAUCAGCAACUUCUUCACCAACACCAAGUCGUGGCUUGCUGAGGCCGACAUCACCAGCGGUGUCAAGAGCCUGACUGUGGACAGCGACAAGAAGGCUACAGGAGGUCUACCCGCCGAGCUUGAGCAGGCCAAGAGCGAGCUCCACGCGGCGCUUCUCAACUCGUUUGACACGCCCAAGGCCAUGCUCGUGAUCCUGAAGCUGGUCAACGCGACCAACGUGUACCUCAAGGAUAACAAGGACGUCGACCUGACCGAGGUGGAGGCUAUCGCGCGGUGGAUCACCAAGAUUGUCGGCAUAUUCGGCCUAGACGCCAACGCCGAGGCCCCCUAUGACGGCAUCGGCUGGGCCUCUGCCAUUUCGGCCGACGUGGAGCCGAAGACGGCCGUAGAACCUUACGCGGCUGUUGUGUCGCGCGUCAAGGCUGAUGUAUCCGCGCUGGGUCUCACCAACGCAGACGCGAUGCCGGCCUUGCUCGCGCACGACCCAGUCCCCGAGUUCCAGAAGCUGGCCGACGCCGGGUCGCGCGACCUGGAGAAGCUAGCUCUCCCCUACCUCCGCACCGUCUCCUCGAUACGCGACGAGCUCCGGCGCGCCGUGUCGUCGCAGACGCCCGACGUCAAGAAGGCGCUGCUCGUCCUGACGGACCGCAUCCGCGACCAAGACCUGACCAACCUAGGCGUGUACCUCGACGACCGGCCCGACGACCAGCCCUCACUCAUCAAGUUCAUCCCUGCGUCGGAGCUCAUCGCCGCUCGUGAGGAGAAGGCUGCCCAGGCGGCCGAAAAGGCCAGGAAGAAGGAGGAGGCCCGCCUCGCACGCGAAAAGGCCGAGCAGGAGGCCAUCGAGAAGGCCAAGACGCCGCCGCAGGACCUGUUCAAGAACGAUGAGCGUUAUGGCGCAUGGGACGACAACGGUCUGCCCACCAAGAUGAAGGACGGAUCAGACGUGCCCAAGAGCCAGUCAAAGCAGCACAAGAAGGCGUGGGAUAAGCAGAAGAAGGCCCAUGAUGACCUCAAGGCCAAAGGUCUCCUAUAG